UAAUAUUGUUCUAUAGAAAGCAGUUAAAGCACAGACAUGGUAUUCACAGGUAUAUAGUUUAUGUAGUUCCCCUUUAGGGUUUUCUGUCACGCUGUUAUCUUGGUGUCUUUGUGCCAAGCCAGGGAUGAGAGUAACUGACAUCAGCUAAGCACAUUUACAUGGCUAGCCAGUGCCUCAUGUUGUAAAUGUGUCUGGAAGGUGUGUGUGCUAUACUGUAGGUCAGGUAUGGGUCCAUUGAAAGGGAGUAUCUCUCUCCAACUGAGUCCAUUCCUUCCUAACCUCUCCUUUGUUUCCCGUAUCUGUGUCCAACCCGUAUCUGUGUCCAACCCAAGGGCUGAGGUGUCAGGGAGGCAGAGAUACUGAAAGGGCUCCAAGCCACCUGGUCUGAGCCCCAGCUUUUAGUUUCCACUCAUACUUUGUUCUCCUUUUACAAAAGCAGGGGCUGUGGCAGAGCCUUGUCUGGGCCCCUUCAGCUUGGGCUGGGGGGGUGAAGAUGUACUUUGUCAGGGAAUAUUUAUUUUGAGGACGUUUGAGUGGGCAGAAACAGACGGAUGGACGGACAGACAGAUCAACCAAAGGCUGAGGUGAACGGGGACAUUCCUGCAGCCGAGGGACCAUCAGAGAACGACUGUGGCGCAGAGAUGACCAAUGAGAACAGCCCGCUGACCGCUGCUGAGCCGCCCUCCCCCUUCAGCCCCAAGCAGAACGGAGACGCUGCCUCACCUGCAGACUCAGAUGUUAACCAGUUGUCUGGGAGCAGGAAGAGAACCAGGAAGAGGUCCUCUGAGGAGGAAUAUUGCAGCUGGGACUCCUCCUAUAGUGAGCAGAAGGCCAAGGUAGCAGGAGUGGGGGGCUUGGAGUCUGGCUCGGGUCUGAGACAGAGACCCUCUCCCAGGACCAUCUUCCAGGCCGGUCUGCUGGCCCCUCACAACAAACCACGCAGCCGUGAGCAGAGAAGGGGAGGACGCCAGAACAAGCUGGAGCACCACAGCAGUCCUCUGAGCCUGGCCUGCAGUGUUGGCCCCGGGCCCCUGGUGUCCGUGGUCCCUGAGAGCCCCUCCCUGGAGCUCCUUGAGCAGGACUCUAAGGAUUCGGCCCAGAGCACCUCCUCCACCUCCCUGGCCUCCAACACCACAGAGCCUGCCUGCCAGCCAGAGUACAAGGACAACAAGGGUUUUGGCAUUGGGGAGCUGGUGUGGGGGAAGAUCAAGGGGUUCUCCUGGUGGCCAGGCAUCGUGGUCACCUGGCGCGCCACGGGCAAACGACAAGCCACUCAUGGCAUGAGGUGGCUGCAGUGGUUCGGUGAUGGCAAGUUCUCUGAGGUUUCAGCUGACAAGCUGGACUCCAUCACUGCUUUCCCCAAGUUCUUCAACCAAGCCUCCUACGCCAAGCUGGCAUCCUACCGCAGGGCCAUCUUCCAGACACUGGAGAUGGCCAGUGUGCGUGCUGAGAAGCCAUUCCCUCCGUGUGAGUCAGAGGGGCCAGAGGACCAGGUCAAGCCCAUGCUGGACUGGGCCAACGGGGGCUUCCUGCCUAAGGGCCAGGAGGGCCUCAAACCCACAGAGAACCCUGACAGCAACCCGUUAAACCACAAAGUGUUGGACGUCAGUCUGCUAGAGUAUUUCCCCACAGCCAAGAGGCCCCGCAUCAGCCUUUGUAAGGCCAAGAGCAGCCCAGAGGAGGUCUACAGUAGAGAACAAAUGGUGCAUGAAGUUUUGAAGAAUAACAGAAGUAUAGAAGAGUUUUGCCUCUCAUGUGGGAAAACACGAGCGGCAACCUUCCACCCACUUUUUGAAGGAGGCCUUUGCCAAGCAUGCAAGGACGUGUAUCUUGAGAUCUCCUACAUGUAUGAUGACGAUGGCUACCAAUCGUACUGUACCGUGUGCUGCGGGGGGCGCGAGGUGUUACUGUGUGGGAACGCCAACUGCUGCAGGUGUUUCUGUGUAGAAUGCCUGGACAUUCUGGUGGGCGCGGGGGCGUCGAACAGUGCCCGUAACCUGGACCCAUGGCGCUGCUACAUGUGCCAGCCCCUGCAGCCCUACGGUGUGCUCAAACAACGCCACAAUUGGAGCAUGAAGCUGCAGGAGUUCUUUAUCAACGACAACGGCCAGGAGUUUGAAAGCCCAAAUAUGUACCGGGCUGUCCCUGCAGAACAGAGGCACCCCAUCCGCGUGCUCUCAUUGUUUGAUGGCAUCGCCACUGGCUACUUAGUCCUACGAGACCUAGGAUUCAAAGUGGACCAUUAUAUUGCAUCAGAGGUGUGUGAGGAUUCCAUAUCGGUGGGGGUCGUCCGACAUGAAGGAAGAAUCCAGUACGUGCACGACGUGCGCAACAUCACCAGAAAAAAUAUAGAAGAGUGGGGCCCAUUUGACCUGGUGAUAGGAGGAAGCCCCUGUAACGACCUAUCUAUCGUCAACCCCGCCAGGAAGGGACUGUACGAGGGCACAGGGAGGUUGUUCUUUGAGUUCUACCGCCUGCUGAGUGAGGCCAAGCCCAAGGAGGGCGAGGACCGCCCAUUCUUCUGGAUGUUCGAGAAUGUGGUCGCCAUGGGCGUCAAUGACAAGAGGGACAUCUCUCGUUUCCUCGAGUGCAAUCCAGUGAUGAUCGAUGCCAUUGAGGUGUCUGCGGCUCACAGGGCUAGGUACUUCUGGGGCAACCUACCAGGGAUGAACAGGCCUCGGUGUGCAUCUGGGAUGGACAAGUUAGAGCUACAGGACUGUCUGGAACAUGGCCGUGUGGCUAAGUUUGGAAAGGUGCGCACCAUCACCACGCGCGCCAACUCCAUCAAGCAGGGCAAAGACCAGCACUUUCCCGUCAUGAUGAAUGGCAAAGAGGACAUUCUGUGGUGCACCGAGCUGGAGAGGAUCUUUGGCUUCCCGGUCCACUACACAGAUGUGUCCAACAUGGGCCGCGGUGCCAGGCAGAAGCUUCUGGGCAGGUCCUGGAGCGUACCUGUCAUCAGACACCUGUUUGCCCCUCUGAAGGACUACUUUGCAUGUGAAUAGCGCCCUCCCUAACCAACCUCUCUGUAGUUCUAACUUGACAUUGGCACUUCAAUCAGAAGUGCCAAAGUCAAGUUAGACAAUCUUGUUAUCCCCUGGUAGGCAAAAGCCAAAGUGUUAUUUUAGGGUUUUAAGGUUUUAUACACUGCUUUUACUUUUUAACAAAUUACUUCCCCUCAUGUUGUCUUUGAGUGGAUUUGUUGUAAUCACAAAGUCAGACAUAUUUUUAUGCCACACUGAUUUUCUAAAACUAGAGAAAGUUUUAUAUAACAAUUUAUAUAGAUCUCUUUAUCAAUUAGUAGACAUUUUUGUUUCAUUUUCAUGAUGUCAACAUUGGAAAAUGUACGUGUUCUUCUCCCAAAUGCCAAUGUGAAGUAAUACUUGAAACCAUUCAAUACAAAAAUGUCCAAUCGAGCUGAGAGACAAUAAAGAACGCUCCAUUCUCAGCCAUGCCAAAAUACAUUUUAAAAAUGUACUGUAAAAUCAAUACAAAGACGUAAAGGCAUCUCAAUAUUGGACAUUUUGACAUUUGUCAUGUGCUACUGUUCUAAAGUAUCCAUAUUCUUGAACUGGAAGUUAGUUUUUGCUUUCACCAAAUAUAAGUGAGAGUUACCUCAUCAUCCAGGGCAUCUGAAAACUCAUCUUGGCUAUCUGUACAAAAAGUCACUGGAUUGUUUUAUAGAAAUUGUAUACUUCAUUUUUAUACUGUAUAUAUGAAAAUGUUUACAAGAUUUUAAAAAUAUUUGAUUGGACUUUGGGAGUUUCAUUGUCCCAAUGUCAUCUUAAAUUUCUAUUUUUAAAUCUGUAAAUUUCAGUGGUUGAUAAACCCCAGUAUGGUGCAUAGAUAUCCUCACCAUUGUUAAAAUGCUCUGGACUUCAGAUUGAAGUACAAUAUAAACUUAUUUUGGCUACUCAUUUUGGCUACUUUUGUAGCCAUUUUUUGUUUUGGUAAAUGAAUGUGGAGAGUUUGCUGUGCAGUUUUAAAAUACUGGACUUUUUUGUGCUGAUUUUACAUAGCAUAUGUUCACAGUGGAGACCUGCCAGUUAUUUGUUUUUUACUGAGUACUACUCAGUACUACUCACUCGUUCAUGGUGCCUUUUAGCAGUCUGUUCAAAGAGCUUACUUUAGUAAAACACUGACUAUAUGUCAUAACCAGCAUUUGCUUUACUUCAAAUGUUAAUUUUUACUAAGAUGCCAAAAUACAAAAGAUGUUUACAUGCUUUAUUAAUAGCACUGUAUCCUUUUCAUUUUGAUGAAUGUCAUACUUAUGAUUUUGAAUAUUCAAAAUGUUUUUUCUAUUCUUUUUAUGGCAUUUUAUGACAACACCUUCAACAUUUUUUGUUUUAUAUACUCAGAUCUUCUGCUUACUUGCAACAAAAGCUGAAGUAGUAGCACAAUAUAUACAGUGCCUUCAGAAAGUAUUCAUACUCCUUGAUUUAUUCCACAUAUUGUUGUGUUACAGCCUGAAUUCUAAACGGAUUAAAUAUAUUUUUUUCCUUACCCAUCUACACAUAAUACCCCAUAAAGACAAACGGAAAACAUGUUUUUAGACAUUUUUGCUCAUUUAAUGAAAAUGCAAUAUACCAUUUACAUAACUAUUCACACCCCUGAGUCAAUACUUUGUAGAAGCACCUUUGGCAGCGAUUACAGCUGUGAGUAUUUCUGGGUAAGUCUCUAAGAGCUUUCCACAUCUGGAUUGUGCAACAUUUGCUCAUUAUUUUUACAAUUCUUCAAGCUCUGUCAAAUUGGUUGUUGAUCAUUGCAAGACAACCAUUUUCAGAGUCUUGUCAUAUUUUUCCAAGUAAAUUUAAGUCAAAACUGUAACUCGGCCAUUUGGUCUUGUGUUUUAGGUUAUUGUCCUGCUCAUAGGUGGAGAGCAGACUGAACCAGAUUUUGCCUGUGCUGAGCUCCAUUCCGUUUAUUUUUUAUCCUGAAAAACUCCCCAGUCCUUAACGAUUACAAGCAUACCCAUAAGAUGAUGCAGUCACCACUAUGCUUGGAAAUAUGGAGAGUGGUACUCAGUAAUGUGUUGUAUUGGAUUUGUAUUCGGGACAAAAAUGUAUUGCUUUGCCCACAUUUUUUGCAGUGUUACUUUAGUGCCUUGUUGCAAACUGGAUGCUUGUUUUGGAAUAUUUUUAUUUUGUACAGGCUUCCUUCGUUUCAUGCUGUCAAUUAGGUUCGUAUUAUGGAGUAACUACGAUGUUGUUGAUCCAUCCUCGGUUUUCCUUCCUCUGUGGCAACUGAGUUAGGAAGAAUGCCUGUACAGUGCCUUGCGAAAGUAUUCGGCCCCCUUGAACUUUGCGACCUUUUGCCACAUUUCAGGCUUCAAACAUAAAGAUAUAAAACUGUAUUUUUUUGUGAAGAAUCAACAACAAGUGGGACACAAUCAUGAAGUGGAACGACAUUUAUUGGAUAUUUCAAACUUUUUUAACCAUUCAAAAACUGAAAAAUUGGCCGUGCAAAAUUACUCAGCUGCCUUAAGUUAAUACUUUGUAGCGCCACCUUUUGCUGCGAUUACAGCUGUAAGUCGCUUGGGGUAUGUCUCUAUCAGUUUUGCACAUCGAGAGACUGAAUUUUUUCCCCAUUCCUCCUUGUAAAACAGCUCGAGCUCAGUGAGGUUGGAUGGAGAGCAUUUGUGAACAGCAGUUUUCAGUUCUUUCCACAGAUUCUCGAUUGGAUUCAGGUCUGGACUUUGACUUGACCAUUCUAACACCUGGAUAUGUUUAUUUUUGAACCAUUCCAUUGUAGAUUUUGCUUUAUGUUUUGGAUCAUUGUCUUGUUGGAAGACAAAUCUCCGUCCCAGUCUCAGGUCUUUUGCAGACUCCAUCAGGUUUUCUUCCAGAAUGGUCCUGUAUUUGGCUCCAUCCAUCUUCCCAUCAAUUUUAACCAUCUUCCCUGUCCCUGCUGAAGAAAAGCAGGCCCAAACCAUGAUGCUGCCACCACCAUGUUUGACAGUGGGGAUGUUGUGUUCAGGGUGAUGAGCUGUGUUGCUUUUAUGCCAAACAUAACGUUUUGCAUUGUUGGCAAAAAGUUACAUUUUGGUUUCAUCUGACCAGAGCACCUUCUUCCACAUGUUUGGUGUGUCUCCCAGGUGGCUUGUGGCAAACUUUAAACAACACUUUUUAUGGAUAUCUUUAAGAAAUGGCUUUCUUCUUGCCACUCUUCCAUAAAGGCCAGAUUUGUGCAAUAUACAACUGAUUGUUGUCCUAUGGACAGAGUCUCCCUCCUCAGCUGUAGAUCUCUGCAGUUCAUACAGAGUGAUCAUGGGUCUCUUGGCUGCAUCUCUGAUCAGUCUUCUCCUUGUAUGAGCUGAAAGUUUAGAGGGACGGCCAGGUCUUGGUAGAUUUGCAGUGGUCUGAUACUCCUUCCAUUUCAAUAUUAUCGCUUGCACAGUGCUCAUUGGGAUGUUUAAAGCUUGGGAAAUCUUUUUGUAUCCAAAUCCGGCUUUAAACUUCUUCACAACAAUAUCUCGGACCUGCCUGGUGUGUUCCUUGUUCUUCAUGAUGCUCUCUGCUCUUUUAACGGACCUCUGAGACUAUCACAGUGCAGGUGCAUUUAUACGGAGACUUGAUUACACACAGGUGGAUUGUAUUUAUCAGCAUUAGUCAUUUAGGUCAACAUUGGAUCAUUCAGAGAUCCUCACUGAACUUCUGGAGAGAGUUUGCUGCACUGAAAGUAAAGGGGCUGAAUAAUUUUGCACGCCCAAUUUUUCAGUUUUUGAUUUGUUAAAAAAGUUUGAAAUAUCCAAUAAAUGUCGUUCCACUUCAUGAUUGUGUCCCAGUUGUUGUUGAUUCUUCACAAAAAAAUACAGUUUUAUAUCUUUAUGUUUGAAGCCUGAAAUGUGGCAAAAGGUCGCAAAGUUCAUGUGGGCCGAAUACUUUCGCAAGGCACUGUAUGUUUGUAGUGGCUGGGUGUAUUGAUACACCAUCCAAAAUGUAAUUAAUAACUUCACCCUGCUCAAAGGGAUAUUCAAUGUCCCUUUUGUAAACACAUGUUUAUUCCUGAACUUAUUUUGGCUUGCCUUAGCAAAGGGGUUCAAUACUUAAUGACUCAAGAGAUUUCAGCUGUUCAAUUUUAAUUCAUUUGUAAAAACAUAAUACCGCAUUGACAUUAUCGGAUAUUGUGUGUAGGCCAGUGACAAGAAGUGUAAAAAGUCGAGGGGUGUGAAUACUUACUGAAGGCACUGUAUAAGGCUUGCUUGAGAUGUUUUAUUUUAUCAAGCAUUUUAGAACAUUAUUAAUCAAUAGGCUUUUUUGUAUGUUAGAUUUGCAACAUAUUUUUAUAUAUAUAUAUAUAUGAUUUAUAUUUGGUGAAAAAUACUUUCUCCAAUAAUACUGUACUUCCAUUGUGCAUUCAAAUGUUUUUAAACUAAACGUGUUGUUUGAACAGGGAGUUAUUCAAAAAGAUCUGUCUCCUAUUUUUGUACUUGUGUACUGUUUGGAAAUGCAGCAAGAAAGUAUUUAUUUUUACUCAUAUAUGUUACUUCUUUCUAUUCAAUAAAAAUGGCUUUAAUUAUGUUCUUUA